AAUAGUGGCAAAUUAUCAAGGGAUCAUCCUCGUCAGUUCUCGCAAUCUCCUUUUUGAAAGGAAACCUCCCUCGUCUCUCUCUGUUCUCCCCAUCUUCUUCUUCGAAUCCGGCCAAGAUCUGGAAGCAGCAAGGCACCCGGCGGCCCUCCGCAACCCUGCGCUCGUACCGACGCGUCCUCCUCCUGCGCCCUAGCUGGAUCUGGACGAGCGGACGGGCUCCUGCUGUCCAAAUCGAGCCGCCGGCGCCCGUCGGGGGAGAAGCAGGCGGCGCAUCCUGCGGGCUCGAGCUCUGUGCCCAUCUUCCAUCUCGCCGGCAGCGUGGAGAACCAGUGAGGGGAUCUCACGCCCGCUGCCGGGCAACCGCCCAAACCCCUGCAGGCUGCAGGAGCAUCAUUAUUUCCAGAAUACUGUCUGCUUUAUAGUGGGCAACAAUGUCAGCCUCCACUGCUGCGAUUCCAACUGCGAACACAAAUGGGAACCAUGCAUUAAGUUUGGACUCACAUUCUAGCCAAGAUGUUAGGCGGCGAACAGUUGUUGUUGCAAAGAAGAAAGCCUCGCCUGAGCUUCUCGCUGAAGGUGGAGUCAAUGGGAUAUCAGAAGAUAAGAUUACAAGCAAGAAGGAUCUUAGCCAUACUAUCCGUGGAGAAUCAGUUCUUGACAAGCCAAAAUAUUCAUCAGAGGCAAGGAAAGAUGUGGUUGCUUCAGCAGCUGCUGAACGUCGAAAGAAAAGCUCUACUAAACAAGAAAAGGCCAAGUGGGUAACUGCCUUAAGUGUGCUGGUGAAACUAUGCCUUCUUAUUUCAGCUAUCACUUGGAUGGGGCAGUUGGCCUGGAGAUGGCAAAAUGGUGAGUUAUCAUUUACAACACUGGAUAUGGAGAGCAGGCUAUCCAAGGUGGAGGGCUUCAGGAAGACAACCAAGAUGCUUCAGGUACAGCUGGACAUUUUGGAUAAGAAGCUAGGAAAUGAGAUUGACAAAGCAAAAAGGGAUAUCACUAAGCAAUUUGAGGCCAAGGGUAAUGAGUUAGAGAAAAAGAUGAAGACAUUGGUAGACAAAACUGGCAAGUUGGAUAAGUCAAUAUCUGAGCUUAUGGACAUGGGAUUUCUUUCUAAGAAAGAAUUUGAGGAGAUUUUGAGUCAGUUGAAGGAAAAGAAGGGAUUUGGUGGUACAGACAAUGACAUAACCUUGGACGAUAUACGGCUAUUUGCCAAAGAGAUAGUUGAGAUCGAGAUAGCAAGGCAUUCCGCUGAUGGCCUUGGUAUGGUGGAUUAUGCCCUGGGAUCUGGCGGUGCCAAAGUAGUAAGUCAUUCAAAGCCUUUCAUGAAUGGCAAGAACUAUUUGUCUGGUCGCAGCAGUGUCCAUGCAACAGCCCAAAAGAUGCUGGAGCCAAGCUUUGGGCAGCCAGGAGAGUGUUUUGCGCUGAAGGGAAGUAGUGGGUUUGUGGACGUGAAGCUAAGAACAGGAAUAAUUCCUGAGGCGGUCACUAUAGAGCAUGUUGACAAGAGUGUGGCCUACGAUAGAUCUAGUGCUCCAAAGGAUUUCCAGAUCCGUGGUUGGUACCAAGGAACACAUGAUGAUUCAGACAAGGAUUCAAGUGUGAUGGCUACCUUAGGAGAGUUCUCUUAUAGCCUUGACAGCAGCAAUGCCCAGACCUUCCAACUAGAGAGAAGCGCCAACCCACAAGCUGUCAACAUGGUUCGGUUUGACUUCUCCUCAAACCAUGGGAAUUUGGAACUUACAUGCAUCUAUCGCUUCAGGGUGCAUGGUACAGAGCCUGGUUCCCUCAGCAAUACAGCAUGAUGCCCUGAUCUGAGCUGCACACCAGAGCUUUAAAAGAUUAUCGGAUCCCAUUUGCCAAUCUGAGCUCGGUUUAGCACUUCGUCAGCACUUCAGUUCCUAGCACAGGCAGUUCUAGGACAGGUGCAAGAGUGAAUGCCAGAGCAGAGCUCAAGGGAAAAUUGAACUCGUUACAAGUGACUGGCCCCCACGCCUAUAUUGCUAAGGUUGAUUUCAGUAGUCUGCACAUUAUCAUGAAUAGGUCCUGACGUUUUGUACCUAGCCAGACUUCUUAUGCUCGUACGACUCUAUCGCUGCAAUGUUCCUACUUUGGUUUCCAAUUUGCUUGUUUGCAGCUCCGGUUGCACCAUGUCACGAUUGCAUUGUUACAGUUUGCAAGACUGUAAUGUAUGUAGAGUUAAGGUGAUCGUUAGGUACAUCAGCAUGGUCGCAUUUUCUUUUGCUUGAACAA